GCGGUAUAUCUGGACCUUGCGUAACGCUUAGGUUCCAAAUGGUUGACUUAAUAUUGAGAUUGAGUGAAAGGAUCACUGCACUCGAUUACUUUGGUUGAACCAACUACGUCAAAUUACGAUCAUUUUUGUGAUUUUCCACAUUUAUAGAGGUGUAAAUGAUAUAAAUCAGACAUGGAAGAAGAAGAGACGUACUUACCAGAAAAUCAUCCAUUACAACAAUACUUUCGAGAAAUCGGAGUUCCGGAUGUUGCUACUUGUGAAAUCUCCAAAAGGCCUACUAUCACCACUACUACUAUCUUUCCGAUGAAAAAGUUUGCGCAUAUCUUAUCGUACUUAAAAUGCAUAAACCCUUUUGAUUUCACAUUAUAUUUCGGUUUCGAUUUACCACUUACAAGAUACCUUUUACUUCAGAUAAUUAGCUUAAUAAAGUACAGUGAUCUAAUUACUGUUGAGAAUAAACCUGUGGUUGAAUACAUAUACUCGGUGGGAAAUAACGACCAAGUCGACUCAAGAUGUUGCUUUGUGAUAUUUUCCAUUCUUUGUGGAUUCGGACUGAGUUACUCUACUCAAAUGAUUUUUAUAUUCUUACUCGUUAUUUUAUGUUUACGGAUGUCCAAUGUAUUAUUUCUAAUGGUAUCUAAAUAUCAUAUUGCAGACUCAUUGAAGCAAAUGAAAAAAUUCUCUCACAGAUCCCAUCUUAUCGUUCUUUUCUUACAAGAUCUCAAUACCCGUCGUUAUUUCGGUCCCAAAAUUGUAGAUAAAAAUACAUUUAAACUUUUCCCACUAAUAUACCAUCAGGCGUACAACUUUAUGCGCGCUUACCUCAUAGAAGUGAUUGAUUUUUCUGUAAAAUUGGAAAGUAGGUCAGAAUAUGUUAUUGUUAUUGUUGUACCAUAUGAUUUUGUUUUCAUAGAAUUAAUUGGUGAACAUAAUUCUGAGAUACCAUUGGAGAUGUCAACUUUAGAACUGAUUCAAUUAAAAUGUGACAUCAAAGAAAAGCCUAAAGACCCAAGCAUCGAAAAUUUAAGAAUGUUUUGUGAACUGUUAAAACUGUUAAUAUCUGAUCUCUUAGUCAAAUUGUCAUUCUCGUUUUGCCGAUCAAGACGGGAUACUUUUCACCUAUUACGAUUGAUUAUGUCGGUAUGGAAAUGGGACUACUUUUUGACCAGAAUAAGAAAUGAAUUCAAUAAACUGAAUGAAUUGCAUUCAAUGAUUUUAAAUGGCAAGCUCAUACAUAAUGAUGCUCGAACUGCAAAAGAAUGUGUAUCUGGAGAAAGUGAAGUCAAAAAUCUCUAUAAACGAACAGAGGCUCGAAUAACUCACGAAUUAUUGCUUCAUCUUCUUGUUUCAUUGGAACAUGCUAACAAUUUGAAGUCUUAUGUUGAACAAAAUUGUAAUACGUCAUUUGUUUCGAAUGAAACCUUUUCCAAUUUAGUUAGUCUUAUACGUUGUCAGUUGAAUGCAUCCCUGCUUUUUUUGAAUGAAUUGGAUAAUGCUCAAACCGCAGACAAUGUUGAUAUUUCAAAAGAGAAUAUAGAAACUACUGUUGACUUCCUAUAUUGCCGAGAUGGGAUUUCAUCUAGUAAAGAUGUUCUGAAAGCUGUGGAUCCAAUUGUAGAGGAUGAUGUAUUAGAAGAUAUAGCUGUUGGAGACUCCUCUAGUCGUGAAUCUGAAGCGGAGUACGAAAAUGUUGAUUGCGUGAAUUCGCUAAAGAACCCAUCAUCAGGUAUGCAUGUUACUGUACUGAAAGAACUUAAAAAUGUAAUAUCUCACCGUCGAGUGAUUAUGCAGGAGCGUGAAGAAUGUGCUUUAAAACGAAGAUUGCAGAUAGAGUGUCCUGAUAACAAAAAGCCGAGUCUAUCCACUAACAGGGUCAGCCUAAUUUCUGAAAAGGAGCUUCAAACUCAGUUUGUAUUAUCCAAUUCACUUGAAAGCAACUGUGCUUCUAUGGAUGAUAAACUACUAGAAUUUUUCCCAACUCCUUUGUGUAAUUCAGCAUGCGAAUAUUUCAAAAAGUCCCGUACUGGACGUCGAAAUUUAAAAUGUAAUGUUUUAAAAAGAAAUUCAAUCUUUCUUCAGCUGUCAUCUACUAAUGUACAUGAAAAUGAUAGAAGUUCAAAUUGUUCUGACCCAAUUGUAUUAAAAAAUGUUUCACAGUCAAAAAACCCACCAGAUAAUAAGUUUCUACAAUGUUCUACACUAGCGAAUGCUUUAAUGAAUCAACGUAAAUUAUUGGGGUUAGCUACAGAGGAUUGUUUUACUGGAAUUGGUUCAGGUGAAAUGUGUGUUGAAAUAUCAGAAGAGAAUCAUACAGGCAUUUCAUCAUAAUCAAUGAGUUUUUCUUCACAAUUAUCAUUAUGUAGUAAAAGACAUUGUACAUUAUUCAUUUUGUUAUUUUCUGUGUAACUCUUCUGACACUUUAGGGUACAGUCGCAUUGUAUUUUGUUAAAACUGAAAUAUACUUCUCGAUACAUGGUGUGAGUACGUAAUAGAUGUUAUUGAAUGCAUGUUCGAGAAUUCUAUGUUCUAAUUGGGUAAUAUGGAUUUUUUACCUUUUGAAUUUCGUACGUAUUACCGAA